AUGGAGGUAAAGUCCAAUUAUGGAUCCACUAAGAAUUCAGUUGAGAAUGAUAAUAUCUUAACACGUUUGCAGACAGAACUCAAAUCGAUCAUUUUCAGAGUUUUCUUCUUGAUUCUAAAGGAUAAAGAAUAGUCGAUUGCAAUUCAAAUCUUUCUGUAAGUGAUGUCCUUUUUUUAAUAUCUCACAUUCAUUUUUCAUCGACAACUAUAUUUAGUAUGGAAGAACUAGAAAGUGUCAUAUCAAUUUUAUAAAUUCUUUGGAUAUUUCAUGCUAACCCCAUAUUUUGAACAACUCAACUUUUCGAGUUUCGCAUCAAUGAUGUAUGCAUUAAUAGGUAUAAUCCUUAUAUCCAUCAUGUUGUUAUUACUAAUUGGAUACACAAAUAUUACUAGACUCAACACUUCAUAUACUUGGCCAAUUUAUAUCCUCAAAUAGAUUUUCAUCCUCUUUACUACUAUACUUUAUUUACCAAUACUUGAUCUUUUAUUUCAAAUGCUCAAUUGCCACUAUGAUGAUAAAAAUCAACUCAUCAACGUUGUAUUUGAUACCAUAUGUUGGUAAGGUUCCCAUGUCAUUCACGCUAUUGUAGCCAUUCUUGGAAUCAUAAUCUUUAUCAUGAUUACGAUGACUUUUAAUUUGCUUUACUUUGAACCAAAAUAUAAUCACAAAGAUCAAUUAUCCAAAACAUCUGGAAGGGCAAAAACUCUUAAAUGUUUUAUCUUUCUCUUAUUAGAAAUUUCGUUUACAUUCAUUGAUUUAUUUAAAUUUGAUUAUGUCGCUAUUUACAUCCUUAUGAUUGGAGCAGUAAUCACAUUCUAUUAAUUUCAUAUAGAAUAACCAUUCAAUAAUGUAUUUAUACAGAAAAUCUCAUCUAUGUAUGCUGCUCUAAUGUUAUGGAGUGCCAUAAUGAUGUGUUUUUCAAAUUAUCUGGAAAACACGAUAUUUCAUGGAACUAUCUAUGCCUGGCUAGUUGGUAUCCCUCUUAUUAUAUUUGCUAUAUAUAAAAAAGAGAAGUAUCUUUAUGAUCUAUUAUUAAUGAAUAUCAAUAAAACAGAGGAUCCUAAUCAAAUCAUACUAUUAACUAAUUAUAUUUAAAAAUUACUAUCAAGAUAUCAUGCUAACUAACAUUUUCACAUUAUGUUGGAUGCACUUAUUGAAGUACACAUAAAAACUUGCUAAAAGGAGGAUUGCGUAUUUAGAAUAAAAAAACAAUUAAACUAAAGAUUAUUAAAACUAAAGGAUGCAAAUAUCACUGAGAGAGAUUACUAAAUACAUUUACUAAUUGGAGAGAUAUAUCAAGGAUACAUUAGAAGACAUUAAAACAAUGUAAGAUUAAGAAUUAAUUAUGCCUUUUAUCUACUUGAUUUUUUGAAAUAAAAGUAAUAAUCUUUAAAUGAAUUUAAUUAAAUAGAAUUAUUAUCACCCAGCAUAGAUUAUGAGUUUACUAUUUUUAGAUAUAAAAGGAUAAUUGAAGAUGAAAUGAACAUAUCAUAAAAUGAAGCUCUAAGUGGUAAUCUAGAUAUUGCAACAGAAAUAGCAUUUUAGAAUAAUAUGAGAUAAUUUUAAAAUAAAAUAGAGAGAGCCACUUUAAUGCAUAUGGACUUCUGGUCUUAGUUAUAAGAGGAUUCUCCUGAUUUAGGUAAAAUGAAUGAAAUUGGAUCCAAAAUCAAUCUAUCUAUUCUUUAAGUUGAAGAACUGUGGAAUAGAAUGUAGAAAAUGACUCAAAAUCUACCUAAAGCUAUGAGAUUAUAUGCUAAAUUUAUUAUUGAAGUACUUUAAGAUAAAGAUUUUGGAGAAUAAUUAUUAGAAAAGUCUAAGUCACUUUAAACAUAAAACAAUAAAAUGAAAAACAAAUAAACCAUUUCCAUCUUCACUAGCGAAGAGAUUAAUUUUGAACCAUUACCAACUUUAUUAAUAUCUACAAUGUCAAGUAAAUUUGCUUAGAUUUCUAAUUUAAAUUUAAGUGCUUGUAAUUUGUUUGGAUACCAUAAGACAGAAUUGAUGAAUAGAAAAAUAAAUUUGUUGAUUCCAUAAAUUUAUACUAAGUUUCAUGAUAAACAUAUAGAAAUGUUAUUUUAGAGUAAUGAUUUAUAACAGAUUGUGAAGGAAAGAUUAAUCUAUAUAAAAUUAAAGUCAGGCUACAUUAUGCCUUGCUAUAUAUGCAUGAAAGCGUUAUCAUAACUAGAUGAAGAUGUUGUAAUUGCAGCUUAGUUUAGAACAUUGCGUACCUUCAAAGGAGGAUGCUAUCUAAUUCUUGAUCAUGAUGAUGCCAUUGAGUCCGUCUCGUCAUCUUGUAUUUGUUACUUGUUUAUUGAUUCAAAGAUGAUUAGUCAUAAAAAGAUCUACUUUCAUGAGCUAUUCACAAAUUAUAAUAGAAAUGAUUACUUAAAUAAGACUGGUUGCGUAAUUAGUUUGAAUUUGUAAUCUAAUGUUGUUUAGAACUCAAAUUAUCUUUAAUACUAUAUUAAUGAUUUAGCAAGAUCAGACUUAAAUAUUAUUUUAAAUUUAAAUUACUGA